CCCAGUGUCAUCAACAUUGAUAAAUGCCUCGGCAGGAAGUGGUUAAUGAAUAUGGACAUGUCACAAUGGAAUCAUGAAUAUUCUGCACUGCUGUGUGGGACUCUGGUAUCUUGCAGUUUAAAUCAAAAUUCAUUCCCCAUUAUUAUGUCACUAACAGUGACAAGAAGGGUGAAAAAAUGGCAAAACGUACAUGUAUCAGGUACUAACUUCGUAAACUGAACCAUCGAUAACCCACAAUGACUUUACAUGUGGCUAAAUAAUCAAUGCGUGCAGUCUAUCAUGCAUCCAGACGCAACUGAGGAAAGAGUUCCACGGACAUCACAUGACACCUUGCGGACAAACCCUAUGAGAUUGGUCUGAAAAAUUCACAGCAUUAGUUAAGUAAAUACAAGUACCUUUGAUUAAUAUUUUCCCUGCUAAAUUUGACUCUUUCAGGCAUUUUAUCCGGAGGAAAAAAGUGACGUCUGUAUAGAACAUGAAACUCUUCCCACAACUAAUAUGACACCCCUCCCCUAGACCCACGAGUUUUAGAGUUUCAUUUAGGGACAUCACUAAUUUUUCCUUCCAGUGAUAUACACAUGUAUGCAUGUACACGUAAGCCAUCAGAAAGUGAAAACGUCCUAAAAUGUCAGAUUCAGCAUGGAAAAUAUUGUUGAAGUAUUUACUCAGAAAAUACUUUGAAUUUUUCAGACGAGCCUCACACGUCAUACUAGAUUUGUGCAUGGGCAUGACAGGGUGUCCUGUCAAGUGAUGUUCGGAACUCUUUCCCCCACUGCACAGCCGGCACCAACUGAUAUGCCUAAUGUUACACCAUGGUUAUGUUCAGCGCAAUCUUUGAAAGUGCACAAAUUUUAAAUUAACACAACUUGUGCAAUUUUCCUGGAGCAAUUUUUGUUAGGUUGCACAUAUUUCAAAUAUAAGUUGCACACAAUCUUUGAACAUGUGCAAUUUUUGUGUCUCGAACUGUGCAAUUUCUAAAGGAAGGUCAUGAUGGUUGGUGUUCGAGCGGACCCAGCCAUGGCAGGCUGGCGACGUGGGGAUUUCCAGUUCUGUUGAAGUCUCCAGCUAACUGGCACCAAUAAAGGUCAGCAUUGUUGGCUCUUCAAGUUACCAUGGCAACAAUUGAAGUCCAAGCCCCCAAAGAAUUUCAAGUUUUAAAUGAUGAUGAAGUGCAGAGCAAAGUCAACAAAAUCAACCAGGAACAAGGGAAUGGAGAAAGGAUUGAAGUUACUAAAAGUGCUGUGAGCUCAUUAGAAAGAACUAAAGACCAGUCAGCAGUUGAGAGGUUACAAGCUGUAGCUUCCAAUCCUACUGAUGCUAAGACCGAAGAAAAAAGUUCAGAGAAUAAGGAAGGACUCACUAAAGAAGGACAGGGUUCACUUCCUGCAAUUAAUUCAAUCACAGCCGAAUCUGAAGCAGAGCUCUUAGAAAAGCUAGAACAGGCCAACAGGUUACUGGAAGCUGAUGCUAAAUCACUCAAGUCUAUUGGUGAUUCUAGCAAAUCAUCUCGGAGAGGUUCCAAUGCUAGCUUGCGAUCUACUGGGUCCACUUUGAGUAACAUGAGUAAUGUUCAAGCACCCAGUUCCUCUGGCAAUUCCUGCAGUGAUAACCUUGAUGAUCUUGGAAUGCAAGACAAAUGGCUGAUUUGGGGCAAGAUUGUCAAUGAUUGGGAGGAAUACUCACGCAAAAAGUCAAAACCACUGAAGGAACUUAUACGACUGGGUAUACCACAUCACUUCAGAGGCAUAGUAUGGCAGCUUCAAUGCAAUGCAUUUAACUCUCCACUCAAAGAAAAAUAUGCUGAAUAUUUGAAGAUGACAUCACCAUGUGAGAAGGUCAUUCGUAGAGAUAUUGCACGGACAUACCCUGAACAUGAUUUCUUCAAGGAGAAGGAUGGACCAGGACAGGAGACACUUUUCAAUGUCAUGAAGGCUUAUUCUAUUCAUGACCGUGAGGUUGGAUAUUGCCAAGGAUCAGCCUUCAUAGUUGGCCUUCUACUUAUGCAGAUGCCAGAAGAGGAAGCCUUCUGUGUUCUUGUUAAGUUGAUGCAAGAAUAUCGUUUACGAGAACUCUUUAAACCCAGUAUGGCUGAGCUUGGCCUCUGUAUGUUCCAGUUAGAAUGCAUGCUACAGGAGUUACUUCCUGAAUUGUUCAGGCACUUUACUUCUCAGGGCUUCCACACUUCUAUCUUUGCGUCACCAUGGUUUCUGACGUUAUUUGCUGUAGGUCUUCCGAUAUCUCUGGCACGUAGGAUAAUGGACAUCUUCAUAUCCGAGGGAAUGGAGAUAAUCUUUCGUGUAAGCAUAGCAAUUUUGCAGCUCAACUAUGAUGAUCUACUUAGACUGGACAUGGAAGAAAUGCUCAGGUUUUUACAGAAAAUUGCACCAAAAUUCCAUGAAGCUGAGCCAGAAAUCCUGAUGUCGACAGCUUACCAAGUCAAGUACAAUGCAAAGAAAAUGAAAAAGUUGGAAAAGGAUUAUCUUGCCUUCAAGACCAAAGAAACUGAAGAUCAGAUUGAAAUGCGGCGACUUCGGACCGAGAACAGACUACUCCUGAGGAGAAUUCAGGUUUUGGAAGAAGAGAAUGAAGUUCUCGCAGACAAAUUAAUCCAGGGUCAGUUACAGAGAGCUCAGGAAGCUGAAGACAAUUACGUCAUGAAGAAGGAACUGGAGACACUGAGGCAACAUGAUCUGGAGACGGCUAAGAGAUUAGAAGGAGCUCAAACUGUCAUCAGUGAUCUACGAGAUAAGACAAUGGACAAGUUGCAAAGAGCACAGACGAUUGUAAAGGAUUUUAUGCGAAAGGUUAGGAAUGACAAUUCUGAACCAGUAGACUCUGAAUCAGCAGGUAUCAUUAUGGCAUUACAAGAAGAGCUCAUUGCUGUCAGACUACGAGAGGCAGAAUCUGCAGAAACACUGAAAGAACUCAGAGAAGAUAUCAAGUCUUUAGAGAAGGCAAACAAGAAGUUAAAAGAAGAGCCUGGCCACUCAGUGGAAGCAUUACAAGAUGAGCUGAUUGCUGUCAAGCUACGAGAGGCUGAAGCAAACCUUGCAUUGAAGGAUUUGAGGCAGACUGUCAACGACUUGGAAGGUCAUUGGCAGGCACAUCUACAAAGGGCUUCGUGUAGGAAGAAGGAUGGCAACAGCAAAGAGACGAUGCACACGUUGACUGAAGAACUGAUGAGUGUUAGGUUACGGGAAGCAGAGACAGCAGCUGAGCUGAAGGAAAUGAAACAAAGAGUGAUGGAAUUAGAGACACAGAAUCAAGUUACAAGUAAUCAGUUCAGACGCAGUGAAGAAGAACGACUACAACUCAAGGCAGAUCUUGAAAAGGUUACAGAACACGAGAAGGAGUUACAGGCCUCCCUCAACAACUCAAUGAAAGAACUUGUUAAACUGGAGGCUAAGAGUAAGGAGGAGAUGUAUGCUGUAAGAUUACGAGAGACAGAGGCCAAUGCUUGUCUGGCUGAGCUGGCUCAGAAGAUGGCAGAACUGGAAAUACAGAACCAAGAGCUAUUGACCCAGAGAACCCUGAGUGAAUCUGAGACUGAGAGCAGCAUGCAGGAACUCCGCAACAGAAUAACUGAGCUUACCUCAGAGGUAAUGCAGUUGCGUCUAAAACUCAAUGCCAAAGUAGGUAGCCAUCUUUCCUUCAGCGAUCUUACAGACGAGAGCCAGUACCCAGUUAGUGUCAUCACUAAUCCAGCGGCAUCUCUCCAUGACAAUGACCUAGAUGAUGAUGAGGAUAGCAAUUCCGGUGAGAUGAGAGGGAUUGACAUAUCAGUUAUUGAAUCAGAUGAUGAAGUAUUGGAAAGAAAGCCAUGCAAACAAACGGAGGUUUGAGUCUUGUACUAAGUCUUGGAAGACUUCCUUAUUACAAGUGUAGCAGCCAUUUCAGAUUCAUGUGUAAGUUUGUAACUUUUUUCCUAACUUUAUUUUCAUCUCCAAAUUCAACUUCUAAAAAGCUCUGCUGAACAGUUUGUCAUGUUGAUCCAACAAUUACGGAGAAUUAUAUUGGAAGGCUUUGUGCACCAUUCGAAGUUUCCAUUUCGGCCAUGUCAUGUGACUGGCUUCCAUUGGAUCAUUUGGCUGGUUUCCCUGAAGCCAUGUGGCUUGUUUCCAUAAUUAAUUUAGGUCAUAGGUCAUGCCAGUGUCUAUUUAGACUUUCCCUUAUGUCCAGUUGCUUAUGGUUAACUUCAACCUAUUAUCGUUGGAACUCAUUUUGAAAUAUUAAUUUUAAAUUUGAUGCUGUGAAGAAAUUUGGAUGUCAGUAUGUACAAAGCUUGUAGUAUUUCCCCUGUGGUAAAUGUUAAACAGUGAGCUAGCUACAUUACUCUGACUAAUGCGCUGUCACAUAUAUGGGUAAGGUUGAACAGUUUUUAGAUGAACCCAAAUGCUUAAGAUCUAUAUGAACUAUGAGCAGCGUCUCUUGGCGGUAGUUUCAAAACCCUUGAGAGAAUGUUUGGACCAGUUGUCUAGGUUGCCUUUGUAAAUGUGGCCCUCUAACAUAACCAUUGCUUACGCAUAGUCCUUGAUCAUGUAUAUAGGUGCCCCCUGGAUGGCCUUUAACAUGUAUAUAGCUGGUCUGUGAGUGAACAUGUAUAUAGAUGGUCCAUGAUUGGGCCCUUUGUGUGCAUAGAGUGCAUAGUGCUUCCAGAAUGCAGAAAGCACCUAUUCCCCAGGCCAUGUGUAUGUCAGGCACGUGUAAAGUGUAUAAAGUGCAUGAAAUGGACAGAGAAUACUAGAUAUUUUUGCACCAAAAUAUUUAGAAUAUUUUAUUUCAUAAUCAAUUUGUAAGUGUGAACAUUUAUCAUUGAAGAUUGUGGGGCAGUUUUUGUUUAAUUGUUAUUAAACAUGUGAAACUUUAAACUCAUGACAGUAAGCCUUAAAAAUUUUAAGCACUUGACUGUUGUAGUUAGAAAAGCAGCUAAUGAUUUAAUUUAUCUCAAAGAUAAAUGGCUCAUGACCCCUACCAUUCACCUCUUAAUGUGAUGGGAUAGGAACAGUUUAACCCUCCCCACUCUGUUGAUUUUUUGGUGCAUUGGAUCUUCAAUAUGUUAGUUUCUAUAGGGUUGAACAUCUGUCAGAAAGAAUUGUAUUGCCCAAUUUUCAUUUCUUUAAACUGUAUAAUGCACUGCCGUUGCAAACUGGCACCUGAGCAGUGAUGCAGGAAUGAGAUUUAUCCCAUCAUUGUAGUUAUGCUUAAUACCAUGACAUUCAUUGUAGACUGCUAAGAAGCUGCACAUGCUUUGUUGUAUUAUCAGGUGAUUUUGGGGAGAUAUGGGAAUUGUGCUGUCUGCAGGGGAUAUUAAACUAGUACAAAAACCAAGAAUCUGAAUUUGAUGUUUUACAUGUAAUUAUAUAUACAAUGUAUCAUUUUUAUUUUCAAGCUGAUAAGGGCAGUUUUGUUAAUGAAGCAUUUUAGAUUUAUGAUGCAUUUUAGAUUUUUCGUUCAAUUGCAAGUGUGUGUUAUCAGCAUUAUCACCAUAAUGUGUUGAAUAACAAGCAGAAUAUGUAUCUUAUUCAUGAAAUUGCCACUUGAGAUUCUGAUUCCUGAAUUCACUUAUUAUACGCUGUUGGAUGAGAGACCUACACUGAUACAUUCAUUUUUGACGGGUUCUGCUGUGAUCUGUUCCUUCUAUGCUUAAGUUUUAUUGAAGGUUUUCUUCUGAUUCCAGUGGCCAACUCUCGGAUAAGUCAUAUUCCACCUAAAUUGAUAUGAUUGCUGUAUACAUUAUGUGGCACAACUUUUUUUUUACAUUUCAAGCAAUUUGAUACCUUGCCAUUUAUUAACUAGUUGUAUGGAGCAUAUUCGUAUUAUAUUGUGUUAUUUUAUUUUAUCAGGUUUUCUUCUGUAAUGUUUUAUUUAAAGUUUUAAGUAAAGUUUUAGAAUGCAAGAAAGUUCGUGAAAAGCACGUAGUUGCCAGGGAAAGAAAGGUUUAUCAGAUUGUAUGAUAACUUUGCCCACCAGUUACCAACAGCUUGAACUGCACCCUGUUCUGUUUUCUGUCAACUAUACGUACCAGCUAGCAGGGAAUAAUGUGCACCUUAAGUGUCAGUAUUCUAAUAAGUGUGUGAAAAUAUAACAACGAUGAUGUCUCUUUCCAGCUCAGAACCCUGACUCAUACUUUGCAUGUUUGACAAACUGUAUGACAACAAUGGCUUAAUUUAUCAUUUAAAAAAAAAUAUUACAUUUACUUUCAACUGAGUUCCAAAGACUGAGUGAUUGUUCAGGUUGGUGUUUUCCGGCCUGGUUUCUAGAUUCACAUGUAUUAUUCCUUUUUCAGUUACAGUUUCUUCAAGUGUCGUAAGAAAACUAUUAAAAAAAUUAAAAACAAACAUUCCUAGACGCCCAGAGCAUAAAACAGCCUUAAAAGAAUGUCUUGACGUCCUACUUGGACUUGAAUCCUCAAAUUUGCUGUAGAUUGCUAGUAUCACACAUGGACAGUAUCGAAAACCAAUAUUGCAUUUUUGUCAUCCCAAUCCAGUACGUUUACGGAUUGUAUUUCGUGCAAAUAGCUACUCGUUCUCUACGAGUUGUCGUUUUAUUGCUUGAAAAAAUUAUUGUACAUUUUAUUUGGAAACGAGCUCCGACCUUCUUGUGAUCUAAAUUGUCGUUUGUAUUUUUCAUAUUUUUCGAGCUCAUUAGAUUUUCUUAAAUAAAAUUUUGACCAGGGUUCCUUGUUUCUUGUACCGUAAAUAAGGGGAAUACCUUCAUAGUAGGCUAUUUCACUGAGUUUAUUGAUCUCAUCACGUUUAAAUUGUUUCUGUGCAUAUAAGAUGUACACAAUAUAGCAAUGAAUGAAAUCUUUGUUAUCUGGCUAUUUCUUUUAAUCCCCAUGUUUUUAAUCUGAAGACGUAUUUGUCGUUUGUAUAGGUUCGCUGAUUCUCAGAAUAUAAAUAAGAUAAUUGUGGGCAUUA